AUGGCUUCGGUGGAGCCGCUGACGGCACUGUCCCGCUGGUACCUGUACGCCAUCCACGGCUACUUCUGCGAGGUGAUGUUCACAGCGGCCUGGGAGUUCGUGGUGAACUUUAACUGGAAGUUCCCGGGCGUCACGAGCGUGUGGGCGCUCUUCAUCUACGGCACCUCCAUCCUGAUCGUGGAGCGCAUGUACCUGCGCCUGCGGGCGCGCUGCCCGCUGCUGCUGCGCUGCCUCAUCUACACGCUCUGGACCUACGCCUGGGAGUUCACCACCGGCCUCAUCCUGCGCCAGUUCAACGCCUGCCCCUGGGACUACUCGCAGUUCGACUUCGACUUCAUGGGCCUCAUCACCCUGGAGUACGCCGUGCCCUGGUUCUGCGGGGCCCUCAUCAUGGAGCAGUUCAUCAUCCGCAACACGCUCCGCCUGCGCUUCGACAAGGACGCCGAACCCGGGGAGCCGGGGGAGCCCGCAGGCCCCCUGGCCCUGGCCAACGGCCACAUCAAAACCGACUGA